GUAAAUUUGGAAUAUUUGCCAAUCACAUAUUCAUAUUUUCCUAUUUUGAAGAAACGUAAGAAAAAGACUAUAUCACAAGCAAAUUGAUAUUACAAACAUAUCUCAAUACGAAUACAUAAUUGGUGCCUGCAGUCUGGAAAAAAUCUGGUUUAAUUCAAGGUCAUUUGUAUGUUGUACUCCAAAAAUUUCUCUCGCAUAGAUAGCCUACUUUUACUGAACUGUAGUUGAGUUUUGAGAUGACGUUAACUUCAUAACAUCGUCUCAACACGGUGUUGGGACAUAUUAUAGAAUAGAAUUAUUGGUUCCAGCUUGUUGUUAGUGUACAAAUAUCAUAGAAAAAUGGGAAUAACCUUAUUACUGAUUUAUAUGUGCACCAUAUACCUAGGAUUUUGCCAUGUAAUCACAGAUGAAGAUUAUGCACUGUUGCCACCAUUAUAUGAGAUGGACAACUACACAAACUGUAAAUUGCAAAAGAAUGCAUACUGCCAAGUUAGCUUCACUCUGAAACCUUUGCAGAACAGUAAGACAUGGGAACUUAUUCAGAUAUCCAAGAAAGAAAAGUUUAUGUUUAGUAGAGAAGUGAUACACAGGGCGGUGUGCAUUCCAGGGGACUAUGAAGGUUUCGAAGACAGGAAGGCUUUCGUUGAAAGUAAAAUAAACGAAAAGUUAAAACCAUUAUAUUUGUCCACCAAAGCUGAUGAUAUUGUCUGUUCUGUGAAACCUUCGUUCAAUCUGCCUCCGUCUAGCAUUGGGAUACUACUCUACAUACUAUUUGUAGUAAUAGCAACAAUGGUAGAUCAUAAUUACAAGAUGUCUUCAAAUGAUAUCAUAGGAAAGGUGACCAAACAUUUCUCGCUUGCAAGGAAUUUCAGAAAAAUAUUCCGAACUCCAUCUACAAGUGACUAUCAGAGACUGAAAUGCAUUCAAGGUAUUCGGACCCUUACUUGUACAGGAAUUAUAGUCAUUCAUUCAAAGGUAUCUCAUUUUCUUACAAACCAUGAGGUUAAAAGGGAGUUUGAGGAGCUUUACAGUAUUCAUUACUAUUUGUUCAUAUUUGAUUACUUCGUAAUCCAGAUAUUUUUGGUCAUAUCGCCCUGGUUACUAACGCUGGCAGUCUUAAACCUGUACGAAAGGAAUGGUCACUUUACUGUUAAAGACGCCGUCGUAAUGUUUGUUAACCGAUGUUUCAGGUUUUGGCCGGUCCUGAUCGCAAUAAUAUUCGUACUAAGGAACUCAAAUAAUUUUAGUCAGGUAUCAGAUGUCACAGCACCAAAACUAUUAGCUAUAUCUGAUAGUGCGUGUAGAAACAAUUGGAUGGCUACAAUCUUUUUCUAUCAAAACUUCUAUUUAAUAGAGGACACUUGUGCUAAUGGAACCUGGUACGUAUCUGCAGAUGUGCAAUUGUAUGCACUGUCACUGAUCAUACUCUUUUUAACUCUGAAGACAAAAUCUACGGCUAUUUUGAAGAUAUCGUUGAUUUUAUCGUACGUGGUGUUUGCUUGUGUUAUCUAUUUCAACGAUUUGGAUGUUGUCUUCAGACCCUAUCCGGGAUUUUUCCAGACAGAAAACAUGGGAAGAUUAUCCGAGCCUCUGUAUUUGUAUCUCAUGACAUUAUGUACAUGCUCCUACUUACUUCCUUGGAAUUUGCUUUGGAAUAUACUAUCAUAGGCAAAAGACUGAGAAGACUCAAGUUACCAAGAUGUUUGUUAUAUUUUGGAUCAUAUCGUUUGUUUGUUUACCCAUAUUGGUCGUUGCAGUAGCAUCCAAAGAAUGGAAGGGAUUACCAGCAGCUAUUAUCGGCCCUCUCUUAAAACCGUUAUUUGCAUUUGGUUUUGCAAUAGGAAUCUUGGGAGUGAGCAAAAGCAUUGGAGGUGUUUUGAAGAAAUUCCUUGAAUGUAGACCGCUGGAAGUUUUAAGCAAUAUAACCUAUUCUACCUAUAUCUUCCAUUUCAUAGCAGUCUUCGAAAGAUCUCUUACAACGAAGAAACUCUUGAAACUAGAUAGUUACACUCUUAUAAGGGAUGCAAUUGUCGACAUUCCACUAUCACUUCUGAUUGGAUUGUUCGCAUAUAUGUUCAUUGAAAUACCGUGGGCGAAUCUGCAAAGGGAAUAUAUCCCCAAUGCUAAAAAGCAGGAUGGAGACAUGAAGAAACGUCUCAGCUGAUAAUAUAUAUUAAAACUAUGUAUUAUGUUGUGUAUUAUCAUUAUAAAAACGAAUGCCUGUGGAGAAUAUUUUAUACUCAAUCAUGUACACAGCUUUACCAUAUUUGUCGUUUUAACGAUGAUAUCUAAUAUCAGCGAAACUAAUCCUGUAGCUGUCUCUCUGAUUCCUCUCCAUAUUGUCCUUAUCUUCCAAAUACAGAUGUUGGGUGGAUUCCAUCACUACACCAACAACGGCAACGUUCGAAUAUGAAUCUCCCCGCGAAAAUCACAAAUAAAACUUAGGAGUUCGAAGAACCUCAGUGGAACUGCGCCUGUCGCAUUAACCCCAUCAUUCACGAAUGAAGAGUCGAGCCCUGUCAACUCCUUGAUUCAAAUAAACAGUUUAAGCUGUUUUUAUUAAAAUGUUUAAUUGUUUUAAAUGUACCCAAAUUUCCUAAGUCAAUUAAAGAGUUCAAUAAAACAGGUAAAUGGUU